AUGUUUGCUGAUUCAACGAGUAAACUAGAAAAAUAUAUCGAAGGAAUUGGGAAUGAAUCAUCGAAUUGGAAUGGAAUUCGAAAUCACAAACGAAUUUCAAUUAUUUCACAAUCAUCAACAGAUAAUUCCAUUGGCAAACGAAAACAAAAGCGUUUCAAUCAUAAAAUGCAAGGUGCAAUUCAUGAUGCAGUAAAUGCUCUUCGUGAUAUACCAGCAACAUUAGCCAGUAUUACACCAUCAUCAUCAGAAUAUGUUUUGGAUGAACUUAAUGAUAAUUCCGGAAAAGAUGAAAGUGAUGUUGAAAUUGAAUUGGAAGAUGAGGAACCAUUGGAAGCCGCUUGGGAGCGUAUUGAAAUUUUGAAAAGACGUUUCAACGAUAUGCUUCGGACGGUGAUGAAUAUGCUUUGUGAUGAAAUUUGUAACGAUCUUUAUAAUUAUUUCGAACAAUUGUUAAGCAAACAAUGGAUGAAAGAUUCAAAUAUUAUUGGAACAAUUUGUGAAACAAUAAGAGAUUAUGAGAAUGAUUAUAAACAUCUUCGAUGUGAUAUUCAUAUUGAAAUACUUCGUUUUAUUGAAUUCAAAAUUGUGGCUGAAUAUUUAAAUGCUAUUGCAAGCAGAAAAUUAACUUGUACCGAAUAUCGGAAACGUUGUAUUAUUGCAAAAUGCCUUCAAAAUGAUAUUGAAACAAUAAGUGUAACAUUUAAUCCAUUAUAUGCACAACUUAAUUAUAUUAAUAAGGGGAAAAAUUUAACAAAUGUGUUACAUUCAAUUGCUGAAUUUAUCAAACUUCGUGAUAAGGAUAUGCUUUUGCUGGAAAUAGCAUCGUUACUUCGUAAAUAUCCGGAAAUGACUCAAGAAUUCCUUUUCACUCUUAUUGACAUUCGUGAUGAUGUAACAAGCAACGAAUCACGAGCAUUGAUGGAAGAUUGUAUGAAGAUGAUUGGCAAGAAAGAAAGCGAUCCGGCAUUGACACAAUUGUUUCAAAUGGCAAAAGGUGAACGAAAAACGUCCCAAGUGAUCAAAGAUGUUGUACCAAGAAUACGACGGCGGGUCAAAGUGUCCAUUGCUAAUCAAUAAUUAAUAGAUGUAAA